UACGCAAAUCACGAUUUAACACGGACAACAUGUAGGCUGGUAUGGAGUCUAAUAUUUUAACAAAACAAUUAAUUAUGCUGUAUUGUGCAUGAACGCACGGAAUGAAGACGGAGAAAGGGUAACGUUAAUUUAAUGUUAAAGGCACUAAGAGCGUUACUUUUUUUCUGCAUUUAACGGAUUCAUUUAACCACACAGAGCGGUAUGCACUUGUGCCCGUUUGAUGUCAGAAUCUCAGACAUUAUCGGCGAAAGUGGCAAAGACUGAGCUGCAGAAUCCGCUGCACACACAUCUGAUGUCGCAUGCGAUGAAAACGCACAGACAGCCUUCUGCUCGAGACAUUCGAUUGAGCAAUCAACGUAGCAGCUAUUUUGCAGUAUAUAAACAUGGCGGUUUACCAACAUGCAUCAGCGCGUAAUGAUCAUCUAUAUAUAGAUGUCAAGUCGUAGAGCAUCUCUUCGGAAGGUAAACUGGAAAAAGCCUCAUUUGCGAUUUAGGUUAUUAUACUAAAUGAUUAUAGUAAAUAGCUUUUUAGUAUACAAUAUAGCUUAUCUGCAGGUCUAUGCAUUAAAUAUCUAAACUGCCAAGACCGGGAACUGGAGGGAACUGAUUGAACUAACCAAGAAUAAAGCAUCAGAAAAAUAUGAGAUACAAGAUCCCAGGGGCUGCCAUGGAUCGUGUUAGCCUACUUUGGCGGUUGAGACGUCGGGCCCGUCGAGGGGCCCUGUGCAUGGCACUGUUCUGUAUGACUAUGGCUCUCCUGUACACUUUUUGCGCUGAAAACAGCAUACCUGUCACAGAUGCUAUUUUUGGGGUUAAGGCGAGAACUCGAGCUCAGCCAAGAACGCACACAAUUGUUAAGGUAUUGCGGGGAACAGGAGGGUCGAAACCCAUGUACACUGACCCUCAAAAGCUUCCAGGUAUCAUUCCUGGAGAUCCUCAAAAGCCCAUUCCCAUCCUGUCAUCUUCUAACUACUCGAUGGAGAGCAGUACUAAGGACCACAAUCUCAGCAGCAAACAAAGAAAACAUGGGCUAUUUUACUGGCUGCUGGCACAACCACUGAGACGUGCUUUAGAGACUUUUUUUGGAGGCCGACGGAGAGGAGAUGUGGGCGCCACAAGUGGGGACGCUGUUGUUUUUGGGCCUAAUGGAGCACUGGGAGAGGUCUGGAAUGAAGAGAUGUCAAGUAGCAUGCUGGGAAAAAGGUUGAGGAAGGUGGUACAGAACUAUCAGGCAAUGAAUAAAUAUGGCGUUCGCUACCCUGGACCUGAGAGUGCCGCACGUCAUUCUAAACUUAGUGGCCCUGAACUUCUUUGUCAAAUCAAGGAGAUGGUUCAGAUUGCAACUUUAACACCAGAUAUGAAGCCAUUUUCUGGGUUGCCCUUGGCCUCCCAGUUACCUCCACGCCAAAUAACUGCUGAUAUUGGCCCAUUCAAGACCUGCGCAGUGGUAUCGUCUGCAGGUUCUCUCAAAAACUCUGGAUUAGGAAAGGAAAUAGAUGCACAUGAUGCAGUGAUGCGGUUCAAUGCUGCACCAACAACAGGCUUUGAGAAAGAUGUGGGCUCUAAAACAACAGUGCGUCUGAUCAAUUCCCAGGUUAUGGCAUCAGAAGAUCACCAUUUCCUCUCCAGUUCUUUGUAUAGUGCUGGGAUUUUAGUGAGCUGGGAUCCAGGCCCUUAUUCCUCUGAUCUACAAGAGUGGUUCAACAAGACGGAUUACCCUAUAUUUAAACAGUAUCAGCGAUAUCGGCGCUUACACCCUCAACAGCCAUUUUAUAUUCUGCACCCCCGCAUGGAAUGGCAGCUGUGGCAGCGAAUACAAGACAAUAUGGUGGAGACCAUACAAAAAAACCCACCCUCAUCAGGCUUGUUGGGCACAGUUUUAAUGAUGUCCCUGUGUGAAGUGGUACAUGUGUACGAGUUCCUGCCUUCGCGACGGAAAACCGAGCUGUGCCACUACUACCAGCGCUUCAGUGAUGCAGCCUGCACCCUAGGUGCCUACCACCCUUUACUUUAUGAGAAGAACCUGGUAAAGAGGAUGAACAAGGGGUCUAACCGUGACAUCUACACACAUGGCAGGGUCAUGCUCCCUGGGUUCACGACCUUUAACUGCACCAAUAGUUCCACAUCCAGCACUCUGUCAAAGACAAUCUGAAGGUAAACUGAUUUUCUUGGUACACUUUCAGAAUGUAACAGUAACGCACAUGUUUUAGUCUACAACUGUAACAAGUUCAGUCUGGUCUCUGAGUGAGAUCAGGAUUUGUUUCACUGGUGGAAAACGAAACGAACACCCUAACCACUAUCGGUUGCUUACUGAAGGGAAUCUAAAUUCACAUGGACACAAAAUAUUGUGUACAACUACCUACCAUUAUUCCUUAACUGAUCCCAUAGUGGUAAAUUCAUACUGUUUGCUGUUAACAGAAAAAAGAUCUCAAUACCACUUAUCUGCCUCUCAAUCGCAACUGAUGCUUCCAUAAUUGUGCAGGUUUUAAAUUUAUGCAACGCAAUCCUAACACAUCAUUCAUGCAAUAUUGUUAAUGAUUUGCCAGCAAACAAAUGCCAUAAGCAAAAUAAUGCUUUAAACGUUUGUAUUUUAUGAAAGCGGUAUUUCAACACUUAGAGAUCUGUAUGCAUUAAGUAUUUACACUGUGACACCUUUCCUCUCUAUAAUCAGUUGUAGGGCAGUGGAGAAUGUCCUCGCAUGCUUUACUGAAAUUGCACUGCAUCAUACCUUUGGUAAACCUGUAUUUAGUUGUAUUUAUAAACUUGGUGAGAAGGUAACACAGAAUAUGCAUGUUUGUCCUGUUUUAUAGAAAUAUGAACUUAAUUUAAGCCCUUAAAACAUGAAAGCAGAUAUACUAAGCUUUUUAGGGGUAUUAUUUCUUCAGUGUAUUGAUCCAGGAUGCAUUAAUGUAUCACAUCCAUUUUAUUUAGUGGAACGCGGGCACAAGGUAACUAGAGCUGUGGCAAAAAUCGAAUGCGAUUUUCAUGCACAUCUCAUCAGUAAAGACGCUCCUGUAAUUAGAGGUAUU